AUGAAUGAAAAUGAAUUUUCGACAAACUCUUUAAUUAACCAACAAGGCACAAACAAUAAUAAUAAUAAUAAUACAAAUAAUAACAUUACAAAUAUUAAUUUUGGAACUGAAAAUAAUAAUAAUUCACCAAUAAUUAAUAAUAAUAAUAAUAAUAAUAAUAACAAUAAUAAUAAUAUUAAUAUUGUAGAAUCUCCACCUUUGGUUAUAAGACAACAACAAUUAUUUAAUAACUUUCAACAAUUAAAUACACCACCAACAACUCCAAAUACAUCAACACCAUCAACUCCUACUUCAAGUAGAAAUAAUAACAACAAUAAUAACAAUAAUAUAGAUUUUUACAAUUCAAAAUUUUUACCACCAAAACCAAAAUCUUUAAAUAAUAGUGGAAAUUAUUUAAACAACAAUAAUAAUAUUAACAACAACAACAACAACAACAACAACAACCACCACAACAACAACAACAACAAUAAUAAUAAUAUUAAUUUUACGAAUUUAAGUAACAGUGGUAAUAGUUUAAAAUUUAAUAAAAAUAUGAGUGAUAUAACAAAUGAUAAUUCAAACUCUAGUUCAAAUGCUGGUUCAAAUUCAAAGUUAUCCAACUCUAAUGGCUGUUCAAAUCUAUUAACCAGUUCUUUUAAUAAUAUAUUAAACUCAACAAAUGUUCAAGUUGUAAGUGGUAAUAAUAAUUAUCAUAAUGGAAAUAAUGAAAAUGGUAAUAAUACAUUUCAUGUUGGAAAUAAUCUCAACAACAAUAACAAUAAUAAUAAUAUAGGUAGUAGUGGUGGUAAUAAUAGUCAUCAUCAUCAUAAUCAUAGUCAUCAUAAUAGUGGAAAUCAUCAAAAUGGUGGUAGUAAUGGACAACCCUUAUCAUACAGUUACGAUAAUUUAUUCAAUAAUUUAUAUGCUGAUAUUCAACAUCCACAUCAAUAUCUAUCAAAUCAUAGUGGUAACAAUAUAAAUAAUACUUCUCAAAGUAAUAACAAUAACAAUAACAAUAACAAUAAUAAUAAUAAUAAUAAUAAUAAUAACAAUAAUAAUAAUAAUAAUAGUAAUAAUAAUAAUAAUAAUAAUAGUAACAACAAUAAUAACAACAACAACAACAACAACAACAACAACAACAAUAAUAAUAAUAAUAAUAGUAACAACAGUAACAGCAACAAUACCAACAAUAGCAACAGCAACCAUAAUAAUAACAACAACCACAACAACAACAAUAAUAACAACAACAACAAUAGUAACAAUAACAACAUCCACGGUAAUAGUAAUAAUAAUAAUAAUAAUAAUCAUGGUUCAUCAUAUGUCACACCAUCAAGUGAUAUAUCAUCACCAUCACCACCAUCUUCGACAUCAAUGGCAUCAAUAGUAUCAUCACCACCUGUUCAAGUGUCACCAUUACAAUCACCUGCCUCACAUUUGUCACCAAUGUCACCAUCAAACAACUUUGGUGGCAAUCAUAAUAAUUACAACCAUGCUCAUCAUAGUCAUCAUAAUAAUCAUGCUCACCAUAAUACUCAUAACUAUAAUAAUAAUAAUAAUAAUAAUAAUAAUAAUAACAACAACAACAACAAUAAUAAUAAUAAUAGUAAUAAUAGUAAUAAUAAUAGCAAUACUAACAAUAAUGGUAACAAUGGCAAUAAUAGUAAUAAUAAUAAUAAUCAUCCAAUGUCACAUAUUGAUGCAUUUAAUAAGGUAACACAAUUAACAUCGACUACAUCUACAUCUAUCCCAAAGAAAUUGAAAAGAGAUUACGAACAAACAUUUUCAAAAGAUGAAUGGGAAGAUUAUACACCACCAUCAAAAUAUUUCCAAUUAUUUAGUUAUUCAAAAUCUGAAAUGUCAGGAUCAUUUUCAUUUAAAGUUAAAAGAACGGAUAAAAAUAUACAAUAUUCAGAAUUAGAUAGUGCAUGGAUUCUUUAUAGACAAAAUAGAUUUCAAGUUGAUUGUGAUUUAAUUGGUAGUUUAGAAUCAUGGAGUAAUCUCGAUAGAAAUAACACAAUCUUUGUAAAUAGUAAUAAUAAUAAUAAUAAUAAUAAUAAUAAUAAUAAUAAUAAUGAUAAUGGUGAUUUAUCCGAGGUUAAUGGUUUAUUCUUUACUUUGUAUGUUUUAAAGUUUACCGAUGCUAAUAAUAUCCAAUCAAGUAAUGAUCAAAAUGAUCGUGUACCAAUUCAUCAAUUGGGUGGUGCCACCGGUAAAAAAGAUCGUUUAACCGUUGAGCCUUCACCAGUUGUAAAGGGUAGAGGUUGUUGGAAUAAGUUACAAUUUGGUUCAGCAACUUCAAACAAUGCCAGAGUUCAUCCCGAUCAACCAAAUCCAAAUCAACAAUUCUUUAGAGUCGUUAUCACUUUAAAUGCUGUCAUUGAUAAAAACUUUGAAAAUCAAAAUUUCACCACCCCACAAUUUUAUCCAAUUCAAUCUAAAAUUUCACCACCAAUGAUUGUUCGUGGUCAAAAUCCUGGUCGUUUCUUAAAUCAUGAUAAAUCUUUAAAAAAAGAUCCAAACUCAUCUCCAAAUGGUGGUAAAGGUGGUGGUGGUAGUGGUAGUGGAGGUAUGGGUGGAGGUAUGGGUGGUGGUAUGGGUAAUAAUGGAAGCAGUGGUAGUUCUUCAAAUGGUGGUUAUGGAAAUGGAAGUGCAAAUAAACAUAUGAAAACAUUUCUAAAUACUUCAAAUUCUGAUAAUUCUGAUGAUGAUCAAUCUCCAACUACUACAACAACUACUACAACAACUACUACUACACCAACACCAACACCAACUACAACAACAACAACAACUAAUGAAACUACUACUUCAACUAUACCAACUACAACACCAUUACCAAAAACACCAUCACCAACUUUAACUGCUCCUUCAAUAACAACAACACUUGAUGGAAAUAAUACUUCAAUUUUUAAUGGUCCAUGUGAUCUUACAACCAUUGAUCCAUUAACUUUUUCAAAUUUAUUGCAAGAUCCAUUAAUAUUAGGUCAAACUAUGAUGGUUGAUAUUGAUUCCAAUAAUAUCUUAAAUAAUAUUAAUACCAACUCAACAAUCAACAAUAAUAACAACAAUAAUAAUACUAAUUCUGAUGAUUUAAUGGUUUAUGAUCCACAAACAACACUUGAUUUAGCAAAUUUAAUUCAACAACAACAACUACACCAACAACAACAAUUAUCAAAUUUAAAAGCAGCUCAAGCAGCUGCUGCAAUCGCUGCUUCAAUAGCAAAUACCACUUCAACACCAAAUACCACUUCAACAGAUAUUCAAAAUCCAUUCAACUUUUUAAAUAAUCCUUUAACAAAUACAAAUAUUCAACAAAGUUUAUUUCUUAAUCAAAAUAUACCCGGUGUAUCAACUAAUCAAAUGAUUAAUAGUUUAAACCUUGCUAAUGGAUUAUUACAAAAUACAACAACUCCACAAUCUCACCAUACAAUUUUAGAAAUUAAUAAUAAUCAUCAUCAUCAUCAACAACAACAACAACAACCAAUAACUACAACCACUACAACCACUACAACAAUACCAUCAACUCCACAACCAUCUCAACAAUCUAUGACAAAUAGUGGUGGUAGUAGUAGUACUAAUAGUUCAAUUAGUAGAAAAAAUAAAUUUGCAAAAUGGAAUACCAAUCCAUUUAUGGAAGAAGUUAUUUAUACCAAUAAUAAAGUUGGUAUUAAUACAACUACACCAACUCAAGCACUCGCUGUAAAUGGUAAUAUUUUAGUAACUGGUGAAUUAUUUAAACCAUCAGAUCAAAGAAUUAAAUCAAAUAUUCGUCUUGAUAAUACUGAUCAUUGGGAUAAAAUCAAUCGUUUGAAAAUCUAUGAUUAUGAUCGUAAGAAAAUGAUGGGUUAUGAUGAUCCAAAUAAUAAUGGUACCACUCAAGAGAGUACAACUGUAAAGGAAAAAGGUUUCUUGGCUCAAGAGGUUAAAGAAGUACUACCAAAUGCUGUUAAAGUCGCUGGUGAAGUAAAACUACAAGAUGGUACCACUGUUCCAAAUCUUUUGGUUGUAAAUGAUCGUGUACUAUUAUUGGAAAAUAUUGGUGCCACUCAACAAAUUGGUAGAUCCUUAAAGAAAGAGAAAGAUCACAUUGUAAAGAUUGAUCGUGAUCUUGAUCGUGUUAAAAUUGAAGGUUCUCGUGAAAAACAUGUUAUUCUCACAAGAAUGCAAGAUAUGGUCAAUUUUAUGCACUCUGAAGAGAGUGAACGUUCAAACAAUAACAACGAAGAAUCUUGUGUCUAUUGUAGUUUAAUGGGUUUUGGUCCAGCUUGGACAAUGUUUGUUUUCGGUUUCUUUAUUCCAAUUUGUUGGAUCAUUGGUAGUUUCUAUCUAUUCUCUCCAACUCGUGUCAAAUGGGUAAGUGGUCUAAUGAAUUUCGUUGCUACCAUCAUCUUUAUUUUAGCUCUCUCUUUGAUGACUUUUUACGUUCCAGAAUUGGCUGCCCUUAUCAUUGCUCCUGCUUUAAUUGUUAUGGGUUUUGUAGUUUGUAUUCUAGUCGGUUUCUUUAGACAAAGAAAUAGAGAAAAGAAACGUUAUCUCCGUGAAAGAAUUAAGUUAAUGCAAGCUGAUGGUUAUAAAAAUUUGGCUGACCAUGUUAGUAGCUUUAGAGUUGAUUACAACCAACAUCAAGCAAAAGCAAAUAAUAAUAUGUUAAAGAAAAAGAAAAAGAGAAUUCAAAUGGAAAAAUUAAAUUCACAAAGAAAUUAUGGUGGUAUUAACACAACUGAUAAAAUAAAUAAUUCAAAUAUUAAUAAUAUUGGUAUAAAUAAUCCAAAUAAUAUUCAAAAUAAUCAAAUUAAUAAUAUAUUAAAUAAUAGUAAUAAUAAUAUUAAUAAUAAUAAUCAAGAAAGAUUAAGUGACUCAAGUAAAUCCUCAUUUAUUGAUGACUUUAAAAAAUCAUCAAGUAAUAAUCAUAAGGAUUUCCAUGAAAUUCCACUUCAAGAGAUCAUUCAAAGUAUUGGUAUUAAGGGUAAAAAACAAUCAUCAUCAUCUGCCAAAACAAGAUCACUCUCUUCAUCAAACUUGGUUAACUCUGUAAAUUCAAAUUUAGUAAAUAGCACAAACUCAAAUAAUACAUCAAUCUUAUUAAAAUCUCAUAAUUCAAAUAGUCCUUUAUUUAAUUCAACUCCAACUCCAACUAAUGUUGUAUUUAAUUCAAUUGAAGUUUAA